AUGUCUGGGAAGCGACCUGUUACAAUUUUCACAGAUCAGUGUGCAGCUAUGGCCAAAGCAAUUAGCAUUGUUUUCCCAAGCACAAAGCACUUCCUCUGCAUUUGGCACAUUUAUCAAAAUGCCGCUAAGCAUCUUAGCCAUGUAAUUUCAAGCCAUCCUCGGUUUCUUGCUGAUUUUAAGAAAGUUGUAUACCUAGAAAAUUCAGUGGCAUACUUUGAGCAGAAGUGGCAAGAGUUGUUGAUUGAGUAUGACCUUGUGGAGAACUCAUGGAUACAAACGCUAUUUGGUUUGCGUGAGAAGUGGGCUGCUGUGUACCGCAAUGAUUCAUUUCAUGCCGACAUGACUUCAACUCAAAGGAGUGAAGGAAUGAACAAUGUGUUCAAGAAACAAUUUCGCAAGAAGCUCUGCCUUUCAGAGCUCUUAGUACAGUAUGAGAAGUGUGCUACUAGUCUUCGUGAAAAUGAACUAGAUGCAGAUUUUAAGUCACGGAAGAGUAAGCCUGUUACUUAUAUAAGGAAUUUACCUAUGUUGAAGACUGCAGCUGAGUCAUAUACAAGGAGGCUUUAUUCUGAUUUUGAGGAGCAGUUCAAGCAUCAAUUUUCAGUCACGUACGAGUUGAUUUCCACGGUCGGAACUAUCAAAACUUAUGAGGUGAUGCCCGUGGCAUUUGAGGAUGAGGCACUAGUCAUCUUUAAUCAUGAGAAUCUGUCUGUAUCAUGUUCUUGUAGAAGAUACGAAUCCAAAGAAGAACUUCUUGAAGAAUUGGAGAAAGCUAUAGAUAUGCUAGAUCAAGAAGCAGAUGAUUCACUAAGCCAAAGAAGGCCCGCCAAACCUCAAAGUGUUCAUAUGAAUUCAAGUGAGUCAGCUCAAGACAUAACAAAUGCAAACAUAUCGUUUAAAGUUCCCCAAGCGAUAAAGGGUCCAUUGGUAAAAAGAGCAAAAGAUCCACUUGAAAAGACUGGAACAAAGAAGCAAAAGACUGGAACAAAGAAGCCAAAGGCUGGAACAAAAAAAGGGUUCUUUGGAGGCAAGAUCAUGGACUAA